AAUGCUUGUCAACAAUUGUCUUUGGUUGGAAAUCUAGACAGCGAAUAUGCUGGAGACACUCCUUCGUCCAUGAGAAGAUUCUCUAACCCUUGCAACUUUAUCCGCAUCUCUUCCAGUAUUGUCUAUUCCCUUCUUUUUUGAUACCCUUUUACCUCCAUUUUUGAUACCUUUUCCUUUACAAUUAUACAAAUUAUAAAUUUCAAUUGAUUCAGAACUAUAAUAAUUCAUUCUAGUUAGCUCAUUCCAAGUUUCUGGGUUUUGGAUUCACUCUUAACUCAGGAAAUUGGAUUUCAAGCUCUUCCUGCAAUUUGACUUCAUAAGUUUCCUGUGGCAAUAUUUGUUUUCUGACUGCUACCUGCAAAUUCUUGUGGGUAGGCAGUUCAUGAUUAGCAAAUAGGCUAGGAUGGGUCCCCAGAGUACAAUGAGUUCAAAUAGAGCAUUAGAAGGUGUACAUGGAGUGCAGGUGGUGCCACAUGCUCCAUUUGUUGUUGAAGAGGUCACUCAACAUGGGGACCAAAGGACGAUUUGUAAAAAUUCAAAUUCUAGAAACAACCGACAUAUAUUAAUGGAACGUGUGCAGCAACAUAUAUCUUACCGUUUCAGACCCGUUCACUGCUGCCUUACUGGUGAUCAAACCGUCGCCGAAACAGUUGCUAAUGUUGUCACUUCUCUCCCAUUCAUCGCACUUGGUGUCCAUGCACCGAGAAAAAACCUGAACUCCAGAAUGUAUGCUAAUUCUCUAAUUGGAGUUGGACUAGCCUCAAGCUUGUAUCAUUGUUCUAGGGGCAGAAUCAGGAAGUUUUUGAGAUGGGUUGAUUAUACUAUGAUAGCAACUACGACUGUGUGUCUUUCAAGAGCACUCAGGAGUGAACAUCCAAAACUUCUGAUGGCUGCUUCUGCUGUGUGUCUACCCUUCCAACCACUCAUGGUUUCAGUUGUUCAUACUGGUUUGAUGGAGGUAGCGUUUGCGCAAAGAGCUAUAAAAGACCCCGAGUUAAGAAUGGUCCACAAUGUGCACAAAGCAUGUUCAUUGUUAGGAGGUGUAUUAUUUGUUGCUGAUGAUGUUUUCCCACAAAUUCCAUUCAUUCAUGCGGCCUGGCAUCUUGCUGCAGCUGUUGGCGUUGGCACUUGCAACAAGCUUCUUGAGUAGUCCAGUAGUACAUGCAUUACGCUCAAGCUCGGCCUAUUCUUUUUGUAGAACCCUACAAAUUAUAGGGUUCGAAGACAACUAGGAAUAUUGUAAAAUGCUAUUCAACUUUUGUGAAGAAUAUGCUUUGUUAAGACUGUUAUAUCUGUUAAUAGGGAUAGGUGGAACAUUUGUAAAUACUUCUAGUUAAGAAUGUAGAGUGUAACAUGUUAUCUUAUUGAAAGGCAAUUAUUGUUGCCUGACAACCUGA